UUGGACCUUGUCUACUAGAAAAGUCAGACUAUACUUAAAUCUUUUGGAACAGUUCUGAUGUAUUCUUUCAGAAUUCUUAUGCAGCUGACAUACAAAACAAUAUUAUAUAUGGAGCAUAGGUGAGAGGAGAGCGUAGACAGGAGCCCACUUCUUGUGCUUUCUUCUAGUUUCAAGUGGUUCUUUCUUAACUUUUUUCUUCUCUUUCAUUCAAUAUCCAUCACGCUAUCUUAUCCCCCACAUAAUUUCCUUUUCAUAACCUAUUAAAAUAUGCCUUCACAGUUCAUAGUAGCUUUUUACAGGGAAAAGAUUUUAAAAAAUACAUUACCUUCUAUCAGAACUGGAAAAUGUUAAAAAGAGAUUACUAAUUACUUUUUUAAGGAAAUUUGUGCUGGCAAUUAUUUAUGGUACUGCAUCUUUCUUGUCAAAUUUGUAUUUUGUGGUCUCAAGCUCAUAAUGCAAUUAUUUGAACUUCAAGAUUCCAUUGGAUUAGUAGUAUAAAACCUAUGUGAUUCUCAUAAAAAUUCCAUUCUUCCAUUUUGAUUCCAACCCAUGUAACCUCUUACUUAUACUGUUGACCUUGAGCUUCUCUUGCUUGUUCUUGCCCGUUAGUUUAACAUGGAACCAAGCUCUCCCAGAACAGAAAUGGAUUCUGGUAUAUGAUACUUUUGAGUCCUAAUCAAUUCCGGUAAUACUUUUGUGCAAUGGGCUGCACUGAAAUGUCCCAAUCGGUGCUGUUUCUGGCCUUAUUCAUUACAGUUUCUGUUGCUGUUGAUGUUGGCAAUAAUUUGACAGAUGCAUACUGGCUUCUAAGAAUCAAAUCAGAACUUGUUGAUAGAGAAGGAGUUCUUGACAGCUGGUCCCCAGGAGCUCAUAUCUGCGGAUGGUCUGGACUGAUAUGUUCUGAUGAUCAAAACCAUGUUUUGGGCUUAAACCUGUCUGCCUCAGGAUUAUCAGGUUCCAUCUCAAAUGAGCUCUGGCACCUCACUUUCCUUCAGAUACUUGAUUUCUCUUAUAAUUCCCUUACUGGUUCAAUUCCUGCUGAGCUGGGACAGCUGCAAAAUUUAAGGAUGUUGCUUCUGUAUUCUAACUCUCUCUCUGGUAAAAUUCCUCUGGAGAUUGGUCUUUUGACAAAGCUGGAAGUGGUUAGGAUAGGAGAUAACAUGUUUACAGGGGAGAUUUUACCGGACAUUGCUAACCUAACUGAGCUGAGGGUUCUUGGUCUUGGGUACUGCCAAUUUAGCGGAAGUAUUCCAGUUGAAAUUGGUAACCUGAAGAAUCUUGUAUCUCUUGAUUUGCAGUCGAACAGUCUUGGUGGUUUCAUUCCCAAAGCGAUUGGAGGCUGUAAAGAGCUUCAGAAUUUUGCAGCAUCAAACAACAAGCUGGAGGGAAAUAUCCCUUCUUCAAUAGGAUUGCUUAAAUCACUACAAGUUUUGAACUUGGCUAACAACAGCAUUUCUGGUUCAAUUCCUUUCCAGUUGAGUCAUCUGACCAAUUUGAGGUACUUGAAUUUGGCUGGGAAUAGAUUAGGUGGAGAAAUUCCUUCAAAUAUUAACCAGCUCAUCAAUCUUGAGACCCUUGACUUAUCGAAAAAUAACUACUCGGGGACCAUAAACCUUCUUAACACCCAACUGAAGAAUCUCCAAACUCUAGUUCUGUCUGACAAUGCUUUGACAGGUACAGUUCCCCCUGACUUUUGUCUCAGCAAUUCAAAUUUACAACUUUUUUUUCUUGCACGGAAUAAGCUCUCUGGUGAUUUCCCGGGUGAGGUGCUGAGAUGCAUGUCACUGAAGCAAAUAGACUUUUCCAAUAAUAAGUUGCAAGGAGUGCUACCACGCAGGCUGGACAAAUUAGAGAACCUUACAGAUUUGCUACUCAAUAACAACAGCUUCUUUGGAAGUCUACCUCCUGAAAUUGGAAACUUGACCAAUUUGGAAAAUCUGUAUCUGUUUGACAACAUGCUCACAGGUACACUUCCAAUAGAAAUUGGCAAGUUACAGAGGUUGAGUACGAUAUAUCUCUAUGAUAACCAGAUGUCAGGAAGCAUACCAAGAGAGUUAACAAACUGCUCAAGCUUAAGAGAAAUUGAUUUCUUUGGGAACCAUUUCACAGGAUCCAUUCCUUGGACUAUGGGAAAGCUAAAGAAUCUUGUCAUUCUGCAACUGAGGCAGAAUGAGCUAUCAGGUCCUAUCCCCCCAAGUUUGGGCUACUGCAAAAAGCUACAGCAAUUGGCCUUAGCUGAUAACAAACUCUCAGGACCUUUGCCACCCACAUUCAGAUUUCUUUCAGAACUGAGAAUCAUUACCCUUUACAACAACUCCUUCCAAGGUCCUCUUCCUGUAUCCCUUUACCUUCUCAAAAACUUAAAAAUCAUCAAUUUUUCUCACAACAGAUUCAGUGGCACCAUACAUCCUCUCACUGGUUCGAGCUCUCUGGUUGCACUGGACUUAACAAACAACAGUUUCUCUGGUUCUCCUUCUGGACUAGCCAUGUCAAGAAAUUUAAGCCGUCUCCGCCUAGCAUACAAUCAUCUUACAAGUGACAUCCCAUCUGAAUUUGGCCAACUCAGAGAACUAAGCUUCCUUGAUUUGUCCUUUAACAAUCUCACAGGAGCACUGGAACCUGAACUGUCUAACUGUAAGAAGCUUGAACAUCUCCUACUUAAUGGAAACCAAUUGACUGGUGAAAUGCCUCAAUGGUUAGGAAGCCUACAAGAACUUGGGGAGCUUGAUCUUUCUUCCAAUAAGUUCCAUGGACCAAUUCCUGCAGAGCUAGGUACCUGUUCAGGAUUAUUAAAGCUUUCUCUUCACUCUAACAUUCUCUCUGGCGGGAUUCCAAACAGUAUAGGAAAUCUUACUUCUCUCAAUGUUCUCAAUCUUCAAAGGAACAACCUCUCAGGCUCUGUUCCUUCAACAAUCCAGCAGUGCAAGAAACUGUAUGAACUGAGACUGUCUGAAAAUUUCUUAACAGGCUUGGUACCAGCUGAGUUAGGAACAAUGACUGAACUACAAGUAAUCUUAGAUUUGAGCAAGAAUCGUCUAUGUGGAGAGAUUCCAUCAUCUCUUGGAAAUCUGAUGAAGUUGGAGAGAUUGAACCUGUCUUUCAAUCAACUCCAAGGAGAAGUACCUUCUUCACUUGGAAGGCUGACCAGCCUUCACAUGCUAAACCUGUCGAAUAAUCAUCUCAAGGGCCAGCUUCCCUUAACCUUUUCAGAGUUCCCACCAAGCUCUUUCUCCGGUAAUGACAAGCUAUGUGGCCCGCCAUUGUUAUCAUGCUCGCAGCUGGUGGAUCAACAGAAAAACAAGCUCUCCAACAAUGAAGUUGCAGGAAUCAUAGUGGCCAUUGUCUUUACUUCCACGGUUAUAUGCCUAGUGAUGCUUUACAUCAUGCUAAGAAUGCGGUAUAAUUGGAGAAAAGUUUCAAUUUCGAAUGCUGAUGGUGGUCUGAAUGAGAAGAAAGAGGAGGAGAGAUGGGUCUAUGGAGAUGAGAAGCAGAGGAAUGGUGAGUACCGCCGAGUGAAUUCUGCAACCAUGGUCCAUUCAAGAGAUGAUCAAAUUUCUACACCAUGUCUUUUUCAUCUCAAAUUGGAUACAAGAGUCACUGAGAACUCCCAAGGCCAAUGGAUGUAAUUACUUUGCUUGUUUUCUUUAUUUUUCUAAUCCCCUCUUCAUCAUUUUGUAAAGUUUUUUCUCUGCCCUCACUUCCUUUUAACAUUUUCAUUUCCAAAAGUAUAGAACAGUUCAAGCUCACAGAGUUUUUAGAUCA